CAAAAAAAGUAAGAAAUCUUUGGGGGUGCUUUGAUUCAUUCCCAAAAAUGGGCUAAAAUCGCCCCUGCUUGUGUCCCAUUAGAAAACUAAAACAACUGAAAGUGAAACUUAUGAACCUCUUGAGACAAAGAGCAAGCUUUAACACAGUGAGUCACUGAAGACUGGUGUUAUUGAACCUGUAAUGCAACAGAAAUGAAGUAUAACAAAUGCUACUUCCAUUUUAGUAACAGUAUUGCUAGGUGGCCUUUUCUGUGGGUAUUCCAAAGUUGACAGCCUUUUGGAAAUGGUGGUGGGGUGUUCACAUUCAAUCUGAUUGCAAUAGUUGGACCUCCUAUGUGGAAGGGAUUCUGUGAAGACAAGAAUUUGCACUGGUAAAUACAUACACUGAUCAGGCAUUACAUUAUAACCACCUGUCUGUUGUGGUGUGUAUAAUAUUGUGUUGGUCCAUUCCGGACUUGUUGAGGCAUGGACUCCACUGAAAGUGUGCUAUAGUAUCUGCACUGAGAUUAUAGCAACAUAUUCUUUAAGUCUUGUAAGUUGCGAGGUGGGGCCUCCAUAGUUUGGACUUGUUUGUCCACCACAUCCCACAGAUGCUUGAUUGGAGUGAGAUCUGAGGAAUUUGGAGGCCAAGUCAACACCUCCUCCUUCUGCUUUUCAAACUUUUCCUGAAACAUUUUUGCUUUUCUUCAUGAUGCAUUAGCCUACUGAAAAAGGCCACAGACGUCAGGCAAUACUGCAUCCAUGAAUGGGUGUACAUGGUCUGCAACAAUGCUUAGGUAGGUGGUGUGUGCCAAAGUGACAUCCACAGGGAUUACAGGACCCAAGGUUUCCCAGCAGAAUAUUUCCUAAAGCAUCACAUUGCCUCUGUCUGCUUGCAUUCUUCCCAUAGUGCAUCCGGGUAUGGUAUGUAAAAAAAAAUUGCCCAUUGUUGGGGCUUUCGGCAGUGGACAGCACGGGGUCAGCAUGGACACCCUGACUGGUCUUCAUCUCUAGUCACAUACAUUCCAACAAACUAUGAUGGACUGUGUACACCUUUCUAUCAGAACCAGCAUUAACUUUUUAGGCAGCUUUGAGCUAAAGUAGCUCAUCUGUUGGAUCUGACCACAUGGGCCAGCCUUCACUCGCUCAUCAAUGAGCCUGACCACUGCAGAAUUUUGACCCUUGUCAGACUCACUCAAAUCCUUAUGCGUCCCCAUUUUCCUUGCUUCUAACACAUAAACUUUGAGGAUAAAAUAUUCACCUGCUUUAAUAUAUCCCAGCCAGUAACAGGUGCCACGAUAAAGAGAUAAUCAGUGUUAUUUAUUUUACCUGUCAAUGUUAGUAAUUUUGCCCGAUCAGUGUAUAAACUUUCUUUAGCAUGUUCAACUCAAAGUGACUUUCCUAGAGAACUGGAGAGUUAAAAGUGGGUAUCAUGUAAGCUUUGUCAUGCCAUCCAUUUUUAUAUAACUCUGCUGCACUGCAUGUGCAUUCACACAUGGUUGACCCUUAAUAUGUAAUGAACAUAUUGUCACUGGGCAGUCAGCUGCUUUAUAGGGUUUAGUAGCCUCCUACUAAAGUGUGUCUAAUGAGAAUAACUGACUUCCUGAUGUUUCAUGUUUCUUUGUAGCUUAAUGUUGAGAUGCAUCCAAAUGUGUGCACGUGCGCAUUAGUACUAAAUAGCAAUAGACUACAAGCUGUGUUAAAUUGUAAGAAUUUGGUGUUUUUGUGAGGUAAUUGAUUAAACAGAAAUUCAUUUUGGUCUCACUGCUGAGAAAACUACAGUCGCAUUCUUAUGAGUCAGUCUGAGAAGCAUUUUAAUAGUAUUUGUGUUGAGUUGUCUGCCCUAUAAGUCCAACGAGAUGUUUUUUUUUAUUAUGUAGUGUGUAGAUUCAGUCUUUUAUUACUCAGUUCCUAUUGAGCCACACUCACCCUGUAAAUGCACUCCAUGGUUCACUUGUUUUAUAUAUCCAAAGCAAUAAAAUAUAGAACCAAAAAAGUCUUAGUUUAUCAGUUUAGGACAUUUCAUUUUGUAGCUUAAAGAAAGUAAUGUUGUUAUAUAGGUAACAAAGUACAUAAGUUUACCUCCACCAGAGCUUUGGCUAUUUAAAACAUGUUGAUGCAAACCAGAUGGUCAGCGAGCAACAGAAACCUUUCUACAGAAAGAAAGGCAGUGCAGCACCAGAUGUAUCAUUAAAACCCUAAAAUACACAUACCCUAAUAAACAUUGCACACUAUACACACACUUGCAGCCAUAGUGACACGGGUUUGUUGUGCACCUGCUGUUUUCCACACCUUGUAAUAGCCUCGGUUGCUACAGGUCUAAACAUGCCUGCAAUCAGAAAGACAGAGGGGGAGUUAGGGGUAGUGUCUCACUCAUUUUUUCUUUGAUGGAUGCAUUUAGUCCAAAGGCUGUGUGGACUGCACUGUAACACAUUUGUCAUCUUAUUGCUAAAAAGGAUGCAAUUUAAGAAAGGAUUGGAGCUCCACAGCAGUGUAUUGCUUACAAGUGGUGUGCAUUUGAAAUGGUGCAUCAAAAAUCAGGGAGAGAGCGAGAGGCUAAUCAGCUGAAGUCUAUGAAUAUUUGGAGACAUUAAUAAGUUAGAGGAAAAGCUGCAAAGCUAUGUAUUUUUCCUCGUGCAGUUUUUACACCUGGAAAGUAUUCACAACACUUCACUUGUUCCAUAUUUUGUCAUGGUACAGCCUUAUUCCAAUUCCAGCAUUGUAAAUAAAUCAACCACCAGGAACCUUCAUAGAGCUGGUUGCCUGGCCAAUCUGAGGGAUCAGCGUAGAAUGGCCCUAGUCAUGGAGGUGACAAAGCGCACAAUAAUAAUGGAUUGGAUUUAUAUAGCGCUUUUCCAGGCACCCAAAGCGCUUUACAAUGCCACUAUUCAUUCACUCUCACACACUGGUGGAGGAAAGCUACACUUGUAGCCACAGCUACCCUGGGGCAGUCUGACAGAAACGAGGCUGCCAUAUCACGCCAUCGGCCCCUCUAGCCAACACCAGUAGGCGGUAGGGUAAAGUGUCUUACAGAGACAGAGAGCCCGGGGAUUGAACCAGCAACCUUUCGGUUACAGAUGUGCUUCCCAACCCCCUGAGCCACGGUCGUGCGCUUACGCCAGUGUUGCUUUGUGGAAAGACGAGAACCUUUCAGAAACACAACCAUUUCUGUUGCACACCACCAAUCAAACGUGUAUGAGUGGCAAUAUGGAAACUACUCCUAAUGAAAAAGGUAAAUGAACAAUGAAGCGUGGUGGUGGCAGAAUCAUGUUGUAGGGAUGUUUUUUGGCAGCAGGAAUCGGGACACUAGUCAAGGUUGAGGGAAAGAUAAAUACAGCUAUAUGUCUGUGUAGGUUCUUGGAAAGAAAGCAACCGGAUUUCAUUACAUUUUAUGAAGACAAGAGGUGAAACGUCUUUACAAAGCUAAAAAAAAUCCAUAGCCAAGAUAACAAAAGGUUUGGCUACGAAACCACGCUGUGAUUGUCCCUGAGUGGCCCAGCCUGAGCCCAGACGUGAACCUGAUUGAACAUCUCUGGAGAAAUCUGAAAACAAGCUGAUGCUCCCCAUUGAUUAUUAUUGAGCUUCUCAAAAAGACUUGAGGCUGCAAUUGCUACCAAAGGUGCCUCAACAAAACGCUGAGCAAAGGCUUGGUAUAUACAUGUAAUAUUUUAGUUUUUCAUUUUUAAUAAAUUUGAAAUAAUUUCACUUUGUCAAUUUUCGGUAUUGUGUGUAGAAUUGUGAAGGCGAAAAAGGUGAAAAAUGAAUUUAAUACAUUUUGGAAUAAGACUGUAAAAUGAUAAAAUGUGGACCAAGUGAUGUGUUGUGAAUACAUUCCAGAUGCACUAUAUUAUAGGCUGCUUCUUCUUAAAUUAUUGAAGAAGGGAACAGAAACUUAAUAACUGACUGCUUGUGAACUAUCCUUCCUAGGAUUAGCUCCAGCAGAGCAAACUGCACCUAAAAAUGUAACAUGUGGAUGAAAGCAGGUGUAAAAUCUGAGGCUGUUUUAUUAGACACAAUGCGACACAGUGAGUCAGAGAGAGAGGGGAGGGAGUAAUAAGACAGUGCUGUUUCUUCUGAAUAAUGGAUAAUGAAAACACUUGAUGAUGGCAAUGAAGAAUGUAACAGUAAAUUAAAAUAUGCAUAUGAGGUGACCUCAAAGAGAAGCACCAGAACAGAAGAUAAAGACACAGCGGAGAUGCAGACCUUUAUUUAUGUUCCUGAUUUCCAUUUCUGCAUUUUUAUGGUAUGUGAUUGCAAAAUAUAAGUGCAUAGAAUUGUAUAUGUAUAUCAAAAAGAGAUUAAUUAUGUCUGCAUUGUUUUGGUCAAAGUUAGUCUCCAGUAGAUUUCUGUUCAGAAUUCCUUAAGUGUCUUGUCUCCUCCCUAUAUAACAUCUGUGUCAAUGAUCUUUUGUUUAGAGGCUAGUAUUUCCUCACAUAUAGAUUUCACUGACUAAGGUCCUUAACUGUAUACAGAAUACAUCAUUGGACUAUUGUUCACACAAGUCUGAGCUGAUAAAAUAAUGGACAAAGGUAGAUGCUGCCUCUGGGUUUGAAAGUUAAGUUGUGGGCAUUGAAGCUCAUCUGCUCAUUCACAGCUGUAUGUAUGACCAAAACAAUAUGGAGCUCUUUCUAGACCGGAAGCAGCGACAUGGAGCUUGGUCUGGGUAGCAGCUGGAUGAAGGAAAAACAUCACCUUCAAUAAAAUUUCAAAAUAUAUGUUGCUUGAUGACAGCAGAUACUUUGCUGAUACACAUGAGCAUAGCUAGAAGCAAAGAAAAUCUUGUGGGUUUGGGUUUUUUUUUUAAACAGCUUCUGAAAUGCAAGAGUGUGAUCAUGACUGGAUACCACUUCGGCAUCUGAUAUACCUCGGACACAGAAGACGUUGUUGUUCCCUCGGACUAGUAUCAACAGAGAUCCUGCACCUGCUGCAAGAACACAAAGUGUUGCAAUGAAACAUUUUGCCAUCAUAAACGACAGAAAAUUAUUUUCACAUCUAAAAAAAUUUUAUUUUUCAGAUUCACAGUACAGUUUAACUACAAGGUAGAGCAUGUGAAGAUAUUAUUACAUAGCAAAACAUUAUGCUACACAGUAAAGUAUUAAAUAUGAAGUAAAACAAAGUAUAUACAAGGUGUAAAGACACCUUGUAUAUACUUUUCUGCAUCUUUUCCCCUGCAAUCUUUGUGUGUACCACAGAGCCAUGGCUCAGUGGCUGAAUGUCUGAGUCCCACAUCAAUGCAAGCUUCAAGCAGUUUAUAAUUCUUAGCUUUUUUUUGAUGUAUCGUAAUUCACCACAAACUGUUUCUGAGAAAAUGUUGGGGAACAAGAGCAAGAGCUCCUAAAACUAAAGUGACCAUUCUUUGUGUUUAUAUGGAUCUAUCCUUCCUAAUAACACUCCUUAGCCUAAUUGUUUAGCAUCUGUCUGUGUCCUAUUGUGUUGUUAAUCUCCCAGGUCAUUUGGAUGUUUUGUUUCACCAUUUGUUAGUGUGUUUUCCUCCUUGUUACCUGUUGGCGUUAUGAUUCCCAAGCUCUUUAAAAGCAUGUGAAGCCAACAUGAAAGUCAUUUAAACCUAAAUCCUUCCAAUGGAAUCGGAAUCGGAAACCCAGUUGUCUCAGUCUGUGACCUCUUUCUUGGUGAUUUGUAAUUUUAGUGUCUAGUUUUCUGUCUCUUUCAACAUAGCUUCAUUUUUACUUUGUGAAUUAUGGGCCCAUUUAGAGUGAAAAAGCUUUAGGAUAGAGAUACCUUGUGAGUAAUAAGUCCCUACUAAUGAUGCACUAGUAUUGCUUGUUUGUCACAGUUGGUUUUAAAAAUCAAAAAUAACAAUGAAUAAAACAUUUAACUAGAGGCAGUAUCAGACAAGUAAUGCUGUGCCAAUUUUGAAGUUAUCGAGGCUAUGACCAUCUUAUCUAUACAGUCUACAGAUUUCACAAGCAGCUUCUCUGUAGACAGUAUUUCAAAAUUAGCUCUUUAUUUUUACACUUUGUUUUCCACACUUGUCCAAAAAGCAGACUGGAUAGCUCAAUAAAUGAAUUACAUGGUUUUAAUUAUUAUCUCAUUUGGUAAUACAGUCCACUUAAAAUAUGGCAUUUGUAUUUAGUGACCUGCUUUAGACAAAGCAUUUCUUGCAGAUAGAAAGCUAGUGGUUGGAGCAGUUUGAGUGCUGUUAGAUUAUCUUGUGUAUGUGUGUGUGAGCAGUGCCUGUAUUUCAACUCUCUCCUCUCACUAAUGUAAAUCAAGAUAACACACUGUGGGAAAACAAUGACUUGGAAAGAAAUGGAGAGAAGGAAGAGAUGAGUGAGCAUAAAUAAGUGAUGGGCUGUUGAAAGGGUGCUGUUUGUCUGUAGGGUUAUCUACAGGCACUGUCCUUUAAACACACGAACACACACACACACAUGCUCACAAGUAGAGGACGAGAGAGGAGGAGGCAACGGGAGAGAGAGAGGCUCUUUGCCUUUAGUGAGGCUCUUUGCCUGUCAGCACAUAUCUGCCUCAAAGCCUCAUGAAGAGCUGGGAAGAGACUUAACUGAAGAAGGUGAUCACUCCGUUCCGUAGGCUCAUCCUCUGUGCUGAGAACAGGAAAGAGAUGGAGGACUGGAUCAGCUCGCUCAAGUCCGUCCAGUCCAGAGAGCAUUACGAGACAGCACAGUUUAAUGUGGAACAUUUCUCAGGGAUGCACAACUGGUACGCCUGCUCCCAUGCACGGCCCACCUUUUGCAAUGUUUGUAAGGAUAGUUUGUCUGGGGUCACAUCUCACGGCCUCUCCUGUGAAGUGUGCAAAUUCAAAGCGCACAAACGCUGUGCUGUCAGAGCCACCAACAAUUGUAAAUGGACCACCCUGGCCUCCAUAGGGAAGGAUAUCAUUGAGGAUGAGGAUGGGAUUGCAAUGCCUCACCAGUGGUUGGAAGGCAACCUGCCUGUCAGUGCCAAGUGUGCUGUGUGUGAUAAGACGUGUGGCAGCGUGCUGAGACUGCAGGAUUGGCGCUGCCUCUGGUGCAAAGCUAUGGUGCACACAGCCUGCAUGGACUUAUAUCCACGCAAGUGUCCCCUAGGUCAAUGCAAAGUCUCCAUCAUCCCCCCUACUGCUCUCAACAGCAUCGACUCAGAUGGCUUCUGGAAGGCCACCUGUCCCCCGUCAUGUGCCAGUCCCCUCCUGGUCUUUGUCAACUCCAAAAGUGGCGACAACCAGGGAGUGAAGUUCCUACGGCGCUUCAAGCAGCUUCUGAACCCAGCUCAAGUCUUUGACCUGGUCAACGGUGGGCCACACCUUGGUUUGCGCCUGUUUCAGAAGUUUGAUAACUUCCGAAUCUUGGUGUGCGGAGGUGAUGGCAGCGUGGGAUGGGUCCUCUCAGAGAUCGACAAACUCAAUCUACACAAACAAUGCCAGCUGGGGGUGUUGCCCUUGGGCACCGGCAAUGAUCUGGCGCGAGUGCUUGGCUGGGGCCCGUCAUGUGACGAUGACACCCAGCUGCCUCAGAUUCUGGAGAAGCUAGAGAGGGCCAGCACCAAGAUGUUGGACCGCUGGAGCAUCAUGACCUACGAGAUUAAGAUCCCACCCAAACACAGCUGCCCUACCACGCCUGAGGGAGCUGACGACUGCCAGUUUCACAUUUCAACCUAUGAAGACUCAGUAGCUACUCACCUCACAAAGAUCCUCAACUCUGAGCAGCACUCUGUGGUCAUCUCCUCUGCCAAAAUUCUGUGUGAGACAGUGAAGGAUUUUGUUGCCAAAGUGGGGAAGGCGUAUGAGAAAAGCACUGAGAAUGCUGAGGAGUGCGACUCUAUGUCUCUCAAAUGUGCCAUCCUCAAUGAGAAACUGGACUCCCUCCUCCAGACCCUCAACACAGAGUGCCAAGCUCUACCUCCGCUCCCCCUCUCCACUCCACCUAUUGUAGAGGAGGAACAGGAGGAGGAGGAAGAGGAGGAGGAGGAGGCCAGUGAAGAAAGCCUGACAGAGCUGAAGGAGAAACUGGAGGAAGAGGAGACGGAGAAAGGAGUGGCAGGAGGUUCGCCGCACCAGCUGUUCAAAAGCAGGGACCAGUUGAUGCUCAGGGCCGACAGUCUGAAGAAAGCGGUUCGACAGGUCAUAGAACAGGCAGAGAGAGUGGUUGAUGAGCAGAAUGCCCAUACGGAGGACCCAGAGCUUCCAUCCCCUCUGGAGAAGGACAGCGAGGACGAGAACAGAGACAGUGAGAAAGAUGAGGACACUAAGGAACUGGAAGCAGUGUCAUCUGUUAAGAGUCCCUGUUCUCCAACGGAGAGGAGAGUGAGCCGUAGCACCCAGUCCUAUAGCUCCUUCACCAUCACACCCUUCACCACCAGCAAGGAGAAUCUCCCUGUACUCAACACACGCAUCAUCUGCCCAGGUUUGCGAGCAGGUCUGGCUGCCUCUAUUGCUGGCAGCUCUAUCAUUAGCAAGAUGCUGCUGGCUAACAUCGACCCUUUCGGGGCCACAUCAUUCAUCGACCCUGACCUGGACUCUCUAGAGGGCUAUAUGGAGAAGUGUGUUAUGAACAACUACUUUGGCAUUGGCUUGGACGCAAAGAUCUCGCUGGAGUUUAACAACAAGCGAGAGGAGCAUCCAGAGAAAUGCAGGAGUCGUACCAAGAAUAUGAUGUGGUACGGUGUUCUGGGCACUAAGGAGCUGCUGCAAAGAACCUACAAGAACCUGGAGCAGAAGGUCCAGCUGGAGUGUGAUGGACAGUACAUCCCACUGCCCAGCCUUCAAGGCAUAGCAGUGUUGAACAUUCCUAGCUAUGCAGGCGGAACCAACUUCUGGGGCGGCACCAAGGAGGAUGAUAUAUUCUGUGCUCCAUCUUUCGAUGACAAGAUCCUGGAAGUGGUUGCUGUUUUUGGGAGCAUGCAAAUGGCUGUGUCCAGAGUCAUCAAAUUGCAACACCACCGCAUAGCACAGUGUCGAACUGUGAAGAUUACAAUCCUGGGUGACGAGGGGGUUCCUAUUCAGGUGGAUGGUGAGGCCUGGAUCCAACCGCCUGGAGUCAUCAAGAUCCAGCACAAGAACAGAGCACAGAUGCUCACCAGAGACCGGGCUUUUGAGAACACACUGAAGUCAUGGGAGGACAAGCUCAAGUAUGAUAAGCCUCCUUUGCGACCUCACCUCUACCCUCAGCAGUCUGUGGAUCUAGCCACAGAGGAGGAGGCAGGCCUGGUGCAGAUGUGUGCCCGGGCUGCAGAAGAGCUCAUUACAAGGAUAUGUGAGGCUGCAAAGACGAACGGGCUCUUAGAGCAGGAACUGGCUCACGCUGUUAAUGCUGCAUCACACGCCAUCAACAAAACACACCCGAAGUUCCCCGAGAGCCUUACUCGAAACACAGCCAUUGAGGUGGCCAGCACUAUGAAGGCACUCCACAAUGAGACCGAGUCUCUUCUGUUGGGCCGAGUCUCUCUGCAACUGGACCCACCAGAGGAGGAGCAGCUGUCCAGCGCUCUGCAGAGCGUGGAGCUGGAACUUGGGAAACUGGGAGAAAUCCCCUGGCUUUACCACAUCCUGCAGCCCAAUGAUGAGGAGGAUCACUCUCUGGGUUACGGCAAGAGGAACAGUCGCAGCAGCAUGUUUCGCAUAGUGCCCAAGUUCAAGAAGGAGAAGGCCACCAAGAAGACAAGCCCUCAAUCAGUGGAAAGAUGGGGCACAGAGGAGGUGGGCAUCUGGCUGGAACAGCUGAGUCUGGGGGAGUACAGAGACACCUUCAUCCGACACGACAUCCGAGGCUCAGAGCUGCUGCACCUGGAGAGGAGGGACCUGAAGGAUCUGGGGAUAUCGAAAGUGGGUCAUAUGAAGAGAAUUCUCCAGGGAACUAAAGACCUGGCCAAGGCCUCCAUGAUUGACCUCUAACCCAGGAGCAAACACUACCAGAAAGGGGAAACGUGCAUUCCUCCUGACUUAGUGGAAGUGUUUGGGAGCACCAUAGGCAGUGGCGGAAGAGAUAUGUAUUGAAGGAGAGAUGGAUAUUUGAUCCCUCUGCUGAGAAAGUCUGUGUGAUGUCGUGAUCAAGAUACAUGUGCGUGUGUUUGUUUGUUCUUUGGUGCCAAAAUGACAAUCGAGAACGCUGAUGGAAGUCACACACACAAAAAAGCCAUUUCUUAUUUAAUAACCAUUCAUAGCACAUAAUCAGGUAUGCAACUAACCUUACUGUUGACAGCUUGUUGUCUGAGUUGUGAUAACAAACUAGUAGCAAAACUAAGACUUCCAUAGGUGUGGGGUUCUGCUUCAGUUGAGUCUGUGUAAAAAAAUGUAUUUGCUGGCUCUCUGCCUCACAUUACAGAGCUGCACAUGCAGAACAGAAUAAUCUGGACCAUGCAGGUGGUUGUCUGGAAGCUUUGUUUGAAAACAGUGGGAUACUGUUGCAUGCUAUGCUUGCUCAACCUUAGAUGUGUUUAAUUGCAUGAUUAGUGUCUUGAUUUUUUUUGUGUGUAUGCGUGUGUGUGUGGGUGUGUGUGUCUGUGUGUGUGUGUGCAAAAUGACACUUGAACAAGUUUUACAUAACUUAAGUAUUAUAAUGCCAUUUGUUACUACUGAAAACAUCAUUUUUGGUCUAAAUCCAACUUUUUAUUCUAGCUUUAAAUUAUUUUGUUUGCAUGAUAAUGACAUGUUUAAAAGGUUUCUGUCAAGUGCCAUAUUUUGAGUCAUUUCGUGUAAGACGUGCUUUAAUGGUAGACAUCGUAAGAAAUUUUUAAACAAGUUAUCGAUGAGUUAUGAUUAUAUGAAAUUAAUAAGUUGACACGUUCUCUGUGGAUGUGAAAAAUCAGUACCAAAGUGAAUGUCGAAGAAAUCAUCAGACAGUUUUGUCUUUAUUUAAUAAGCCAGUAGGUUUUAAGUCUUAAUUUCAUUUAAGGUGGGAAAAAGCUGUAUUAGUCAGGAAGAGAGUAAAACUGUUGGUCAGACGCCAACCACCUAUACUAUAGGGUUGUAGAGAUUUUUUAAUGGAAUUCUUAAACAGGCACUUUCUACUUCUUGCUUCAUGCAAGUGCAAAUCCUCAUAUCAUUGCAUAGAGUUAACAGUUCACCUCAACUUUUUACCUUUUGGCAACUUAAUACAGUAUUUAACACUAUUGAGGAGUUAGAUAUGAGUUUUGAAUAGAGCAGUUGAUCUGCAGUCUGCUUAACAUUGUUCAAGUGCAGCUUUUUCAGUUUUUUUCUCCUUCAAAUUCCAAGUGAGACUUUGCUAGAAUGCUACUUCUAAUUGUUAGUUUCAUUUAAGACUGGUGGCAUUACAGGGUAUAUUUCUAUAUGUGAUGCUAAGUUUGUAUAUAAUUAUGCACUGUAUAUACAGUAAACCAGUGUAUGCAAACAAUGUUUGUAAGUGUAAUCUGAUGCAUUUGUAGACAUGGCAUGCAUUGUCGACAGCCCACACAUUUGAUUGUGUACAUUACACCAUACCAGUUGUUGUUGAUUUUGUUCUAAUCUCUUGUACAUGAUGAUGCUGUUGUAUUCUAAUGAUGGUGCAAUAUUUUAAUCUCUUGUUUUGAUACUGUCUCUGAAACUUUCCAAACAUGAUGUUCCUCGGUGGGUAAAAAAAAAAACACCACAGAAAAACCUUGUAAACGUUCUUUUGUACUCUUCCUCGAGGUUUGAGGAUUUUCAAAGUUAGACCCAGAGACAGACAGACAGCUUUUUACUCCAGAUUUCUUCCAGGGGUUCAGUAGUUUAUAGUUUUGCUCCUUUGUGCUUCCAAGAUGAUACACUAAAGUAGGACUGUGCCAGCGAAUGGGAGGGAUUAGGCAGGCAUGACUGUUGUGUUCACUUCAUGUAUCCUGUUGUAACGUGUGCAUUCAAGUGUGUGUACUACAACAGUGGCAUAUUGUACCUUAGUACAGUUGUAUACUUUUCAUUGCCAGCUAAUUUUACAGUAUAAUUGAAAAUUUUGCCACACCCAUAGACUAAUAUGCCACCCUAGCAGAAUGUGAACGAAACUUUGGAAUUGUGUGUUCCCUCCACCAGGGGGCAAUCUAUCACAUCUCACACCUCUACAGGCCUGGAUUACACCAUUAAACUGCAUUAUCUUCCAGCUCCUUAUGCUGACAAUCAGGUGCUCAUUGGCAUAAAUAAAGUUACAGUCCAAUUUGAGUUUUUAUCAUUCAGUGUUCAUAAAACUACAAAUUUGUCAGACCUUCCCAUCUUUUUAGUCUCAUAUGCCUUUUAUCCAUUAAAUAGAUGAGACUAAUGACAGUUAGCCUUUUGUAAACCAGAACCCUUUGUUAUAGAAGCCUUUCUGUUAGUAUGUGCUUUAUACAGCGCUAGGGUGCUCUACGCUGCUUCUUUGCUGCAGCGCUCUUGAAGUUUGGCUUCACAUCCAUGUACUCUCAUCACGCCAGUCACCAAACGCAAGUUGUGAAUGAUGCUGUUGCAGUUCAUGAGCUGUGUCUGUCUGCAUUAAUGGCGUCUGCAUGUCCAGGGUGUCUGCCAGGUUCUGUUAAUCUGAAGCAUUUUGGCCCCAGGCUCCAGCUUGACCUUGCCAUAUACAGUGGAAGUUGCCACCUUUCUCCCUUGCUGUGUUUUCCAGUGGUCUGUAAAUAAUGCUGCAAACUGCCUGGUUUUCAAAAACCAAUGAAACCCAUGCAAGGAUCUCUAAAAGAUGGAUUUAACACUUGGUGUGGUUAUCGAAGCGUUGGGAGAAAAGUGAGUUUCAUUUGUUUACAUUAUGUUUACAAUGGCACAGUUUUACUUUUUAAGGAGAUAUAUGUAGGUAUAGACAAUAUUUGCAUAUUUAUUGCCUAAGGUUAAAUGAUAUGAUGUGUAUUGUGUUUUCACAUUUGGAAUAUAAUGUUACAGUUGUCACCUGUAUUACUAUCUGGAUGAUUUUGGUAAAGUAGUUGAUCAUUUUUAUGACUACUAAGUGACUGUUUUCUGUGCCUUUUUAUGGUUAGAAUGCAUGGUUAACUAUUUAUUACAAUUUGGAGUCACUGAGAUGUGUAUUUUUGUAUUCUGAAUAAAUAAAUGGUUCAGCUUUUGUUGUACAUUUUUAAGGUGCCUUGAAACAGGCUACCUAUUCAUAUAUCUCUUCUUCAAUAAAAUCGGAUACAUAUGCAAUCUGA